ACACACACACACACACACACGCACACUUGUAUUUUGUGCUGUCGUAAAACCCACGUGUCCAGCCGGGAGGCUGCCAGAGCGUGGAGCCAGGGAGCUAGGACGCGGCAGCGGCCAAGCGCAGCAGCCCCCGGCGGCUCAGUCCCGCGCUCAGGUCCGCCUGCACUCUCGCGCCCUCCGCGGGCUUCCAGUUCCCUCGCUCGCAGGUCGGGCGCGUUCCGGGCGGCACGAUCUCUAGGACUCGCCUCCUGCGUUGCCCAGGGGCAUGUAGUGCACACAGGGCGCACACUCUCUCGCACCCGCACGCUCACCGAGACACACGCACGCACCCACCCGUAGCGCCGAGUUUUCAGUUCGAGGCGUCGGAAAUGCUGAAGCCCGGAGACCCCGGCGGCUCGGCCUUCCUCAAAGUGGACCCAGCCUACCUGCAGCACUGGCAGCAACUCUUCCCGCACGGCGGCGCCGGCCCGCUCAAGGGCAGCGGCGCCGCAGGUCCCCUGAGCGCGCCGCAGCCUCUUCAGCCGCCGCCGCCUCCCCCGCCGCCCCCAGAGCGCGCCGAGCCUCUGCCGGACAGCCUGCGCCCGCGGCCCGCCUCUCUGUCCUCCGCCUCGUCCACCCCGGCUUCCUCCUCCACCUCCGCCUCCUCCGUCUCCUCCUGCGCUGCUGCCGCCGCUGCCGCCGCGCUGGCCGGUCUCUCGGCCCUGCCGGUGUCGCAGCUGCCGGUGUUCGCGCCGCUAGCCGCCGCCGCCGUCGCCGCCGAGCCGCUGCCCCCGAAGGAACUGUGCCUCGGCGCCGCCUCCGGCCCGGGGCCCGCCAAGUGCGGCGGCGGCGGCGGGGAUGGCCGAGGCGCCCAGCGCUUCCGCUGCACCGCAGAGGAGCUGGACUAUUACCUGUAUGGCCAGCAGCGCAUGGAGAUCAUCCCACUCAACCAGCACACCAGCGACCCCAACAACCGUUGCGACAUGUGCGCUGACAACCGCAACGGCGAGUGCCCGAUGCACGGGCCACUGCACUCGCUGCGCCGGCUCGUGGGCACCAGCAGUGCUGCGGCCGCCGCGCCCCCGCCGGAGCUGCCGGAGUGGCUGCGGGACCUGCCUCGCGAGGUGUGCCUCUGCACCAGCACCGUGCCUGGCCUGGCCUACGGCAUCUGCGCGGCGCAGAGGAUCCAACAGGGCACCUGGAUUGGACCCUUCCAAGGCGUGCUUCUGCCGCCAGAGAAGGUGCAGGCGGGCGCCGUGAGGAACACGCAGCAUCUCUGGGAGAUAUAUGACCAGGAUGGGACACUACAGCACUUUAUUGAUGGUGGGGAACCUAGUAAGUCGAGCUGGAUGAGGUAUAUCCGAUGUGCAAGGCACUGCGGAGAACAGAAUCUAACAGUAGUUCAGUACAGGUCGAAUAUAUUCUACCGAGCCUGUAUAGAUAUCCCCAGGGGCACCGAGCUUCUGGUGUGGUACAAUGACAGCUAUACGUCUUUCUUUGGGAUCCCCUUACAAUGCAUUGCCCAGGAUGAAAACUUAAAUGUCCCUUCAACGGUAAUGGAAGCCAUGUGCAGACAAGACGCCCUGCAGCCCUUCAACAAGAGCAGCAAACUCGCCCCUGCCACCCAGCAGCGCUCCGUUGUUUUCCCCCAGACUCCGUGCAGCAGGAACUUCUCUCUCCUGGAUAAGUCUGGGCCCAUUGAAUCAGGAUUUAAUCAGAUCAACGUGAAAAACCAGCGAGUCCUUGCAAGUCCGACUUCCACAAGCCAGCUCCACUCGGAGUUCAGUGACUGGCAUCUUUGGAAAUGUGGGCAGUGCUUUAAGACUUUCACCCAGCGGAUCCUCUUACAGAUGCACGUGUGCACGCAGAACCCUGACAGACCCUACCAAUGCGGCCACUGCUCCCAGUCCUUUUCCCAACCUUCAGAGCUGAGGAACCACGUGGUCACUCACUCUAGUGACCGGCCUUUCAAGUGCGGCUACUGUGGUCGUGCCUUUGCCGGGGCCACCACCCUCAACAACCACAUCCGAACCCACACUGGAGAAAAGCCCUUCAAGUGCGAGAGGUGUGAGAGGAGCUUCACGCAGGCCACCCAGCUGAGCCGACACCAGCGGAUGCCCAAUGAGUGCAAGCCAAUAACCGAGAGCCCAGAAUCAAUCGAAGUGGAUUAACUGAUUGACUGGUUGGAAUUAAACUGCAAGGAAAGUCAUGAUUAAAUGUCAUGGACACUUAAGCAAAACCAAAGAUUUCCUCUGAGCAACUUUCAAUCAGUCCCAGAAAACCAAAAGCAGUAAUAAAAUAAGUAAGAUGUUAAGAGAUAUUGAUUCUGGCAUGGAAGUUAGACCAGGAAAGAGAUUAUUUAUUUAUGACUAGAGAUGAGACGUAUUUUGGUGGACAACUAACCUGGGAUGGCUAACAUUUCCAGUCCCACCAUGUAUUUUGCUUUGUUUCUAAAAAGCUUUUUAAAAACUGUUAUUUAAUACCAAAGGGAGGAAUCAUAUGGGUUCUUCUGCCCACCAUUGUGACUAAGAAUGCACAGGGACUUGGUUCUCGUUGCACCUUUUUUUUAGUAGCAUGUUUCAUGGGGACCCGUUGUACAGCCUUUCCUUCUGCUGUGUUGGUUUGACCUGGCCUGACACUGGCUGCCCCAGCGGGGACCACGGAAGCAGAGCAAGAGCCUUCGCGGAGUCAGUGCCACCUUCAGCCCCAGACGCAUCCCAUUUCCGUGUCUUCCACGCUCACUUCUCAUGCACUUUUUACACGGUUUCUUCCAAACAACCCGGGCUUGAUGCAGGAGAGUCUGGAAAAGGAAGUACAUGGUUUCAGUUUCAAAAUUCAAAGGAAAAAGUUGAGGACUUAUUUUGUCCUAUCAAGAUUGCAAGAACAUGUAAGAUGUACGGAGCUUCAUAAUACAUUAUAUUGUUCUGAAGCAGCUCGCUGAGAAAAGUUUGUUUUCAACAUUUUAGCUUAAAAAAAAAAGAAAACAAAAAUAAAGUUAUUUGAUUUAAGGCUGGA